UGUCGAGAAGCAGUUGUGUGGAAGCACCUCAACCAUCCUAAUAUCGUCCGUUUUCUUGGUGUCAAUAUGGACGUCUUUCCCCUGUGUUUGAUUAGCGAGUGGAUGAUCCACCAAGAUGUCAGCACAUAUAUACACAAGCAGAACCCGCCGGUUGACCGGCGUAUGAUUAUCAUGGAUAUAGCUGAUGGCUUGCAUUAUCUACACGACUUUCGUCUAGUUCACGGUGAUCUCAAAUGCGCAAAUGUUCUUGUGGACGAGAAGGGUCGCGCUAAACUCGCUGAUUUCGGGCUCUCUUCCAUUAUUUAUGAAGCUGGCAGCUACCAGAAAUUCAGUCUGACGGCUACCCCACAAGGCACUUUGCGUUGGAUGGCUCCCGAGUUACAUGACCCUGAAGACGCAGGUAUUGGAGAGGAUGACGCCUUGUUGACUGCAGCUAGCGACGUGUACGCCUUUGCCAUGGUCAUGCUAGAGCUCUACACAGGACGAGUGCCAUACUCAGAAUGCCGCACCGACGGUGCUGUCAUUGCUAGAGUGAUCAAUCAAGACAAACCCAAACGUCCGGACGGUACAGAGAACUUAGGACUCACUGACAACAUUUGGGCCCUCAUGGAGAUGUGCUGGAGCUACAGGCGAGGUGAUCGUCCGACCAUGACUAUUGUUCGUCAAAACCUGGCGGAAUACUUUCAUCCUUUCGCACAUCGUAUGUGUUUCUCCAGUAUCACACUCUAG